UAAAACAAAUGUUUUAAAAUUUGUCAGCUUUGAAAUAUAUAUGCAACAACUGACUGGGUCAAUUAAAUGGCUUGAAAAUAUAUUUAACUACACACGAUGAGCUUGUAUAUAAAGCAAGGAGUUUGCUUGCAGUUGCAGCUCAUAGAGACGGUCUUGGGUUAAAUCAAGCUGAAGUGCUUUUGUUUCUGCUUCAUAUCAAGAGACUCUUUCGUUAGAUUUUGCAAAUCAUCACACCAUGUUUAGAGCGAAAGAUUGUGAAGGAUCUUCUUUCACCGAGGUCAGGUCUAACUCCACAUAUCCGGCAGCCGCCGUGCAAGCUUGUGAACCAGAUGUUGAUAAUAGUCAUGGUAAUAGGGAAUAUGCCAAUGUCAACUGGGAUGAGCUCGGAUUUGGUCUAACUCCAACCGAUUACAUGUACAUUAUGAAAUGCUCUAAAGAAGAGAACUUUUCGCCAGGAACUCUCACUCCAUUAGGAAACAUGGAGAUGAACCCUUCAUCGGGAAUUUUAAACUAUGCACAGGGAAUAUUAGAAGGUAUGAAGGCGUACAGGACAGAAGAUGGGCGUAUUCUACUGUUUCGUCCGGAACUGAAUGCUCUGCGAAUGAAGAUGGGUGCAGAAAGAUUGUGCAUGCCAUCACCAACGAUGGAGCAAUUUCUUGAUGCCGUAAAGCAAACUGUCAAUGCCAAUAAGCGUUGGGUUCCUCCGCCAGGGAAAGGAUCAUUGUAUAUUAGGCCUUUGCUAAUAGGAAGUGGAUCAAUGCUCAACUUGGGGACGGCCAAUGAACAUACAUUUAUAACAUAUGUUUCUCCAGUCGGCAAUUUUCACAAGGGGGUCGUAAAUUUGGUUGUUGGGGAAAAUGUUUAUCGAGCUACGCCUGGUGGAACUGGAGGUAUAAAAGCUAUCUGCAACUAUGCAUCGAUUUAUAAAACAAUUUCGGAAGCAAAGGCCAAAGGGUUCACUGAUGUCCUAUUCCUUGAUGUAGUAACAGGAAAAAAUAUUGAAGAGGCUUCUACAAGCAACAUCUUUAUAGUAAAGGGAAAUACCAUUUCAACUCCAGCAACAGAUGGAACUAUUCUGCCCGGAAUUACCAGAAAAAGCAUUAUUGAAAUUGCUCGUGUUUUAGGUUAUGAGGUUGAGGAACGUGCUAUCCCGGUAGAGGAAUUGUUUGAUGCUGAAGAAGUUUUCUGCACUGGAACUGCAGUAGUUGUCAAUUUUGUUAGUAGCAUAACCUAUCAAAGUAAAAGGGUCGAGUACAAGACUGGAGUAGAGACAGUGUCUCGAAAGCUGUAUAAUACUCUAACCGGAAUUCAAACUGGUCGAAUCGAGGACAAGAUGGAAUGGACCUUCACACUUGAUUGAUUAAUUUUAUCUUCAUAAAACUGCAAUAUACAAAAGCAUAAUAAAUGAGAAAUAAUUUAGUCCUAUUGCUGGAAGGAUAUUGUUAUGUUAAUAAUCUGUUUGUAACCUACGAGGACAAAUCGCAAUAUUAUGAAUAAUAAGUACUUGUGUCAAUGCCA